AUGGCGGGUCAGACGACGGCACGAGCGACACGGGAUCGCGGCGGAUACUCGAUGCGAAACGCGGCUGAUGGCUACGACGUAUAUGAAAGCGGUCUGGUGGUGGACGACGACCUGGCAACUGACGACGGUGAUAUGGGCGAUAUUUUUGGCGACGGCGAGGACGAGGCAGCCGGUACCGUGAAAGGAGGGCUGGACGAGGUGUUUGAGCCUUGCGAGCUCGAGGCCAAAGAGAAUGACACAGACCGCAUGCAGAUGCGGGUGCCUCAGCAAGGAAGCGAACUUCUGCGCACCCCUGACCGAGGAGGAGAUCGAAAGGAGACGACGUGGUUUGUGCGGGCAGCUGACGUUAUGGUGGAGCCGAUUCUGCGGUGGCUUUUGGUGGCUGAGCCCCAGGCUGAGCAAGGACGGCUGUUCAAGCAUGCUGAUUUUGCCAAACAGAGCCGCUUCCUGGCUGCUGUGCUGUCGCUCUGCCAGACGCGCGAGUGCUAUCAACAUGAUGACAUUUGGAAGCUGUAUGCGACUUUGACGCAGCAGUUCCGCGGGUUCCUGUCGUGCCGGCCACCAGCUCACGACAAACCAUUACUCCGACGCCUGCGUGGUGAAACCAACACGCUCCGGGGAUAUCCUGAUGACGCGCUUGCGCCGCGGUGGAGAGCAUGA